UUCUCAACAUGGCUGCUGCAACAGAGUAGAGGCACCGAACUGCGUUUAUUCCGGAGACAAACGUCGCACAAUAAGGACAUUGAAGCCCGGGCGGGGGAAAAAAAGGAUCUCCAGAUAAAUGUUAUGAAGAGGAGUCUUAUGAACCCGAGCAUCAGUUAAUCCUCCAAACCAAAGCGUCACUUCCCUGACUUCCCUGACUUUUGUGCUGGUGCCUGCAGGUUUGCUGUGCCUCCUGUCACACUGGCAGAGGAGGCGUGGCAGGAGGUGUUGCCAGGUGGGGGACUGAGGCCACACCUGGCUGCCUUCAGCCUCUGUUCAGUCUGCAGCUUCCACAGCAGGCGGGCUGACAGGGAGACGCUCCAAGAGCCUCGAGUGUGCGGCAUCCACAUUUGGAUAUCGCAGAGCGGUGCUGACAGGGCUCUGCCAGGUGGCGUUGGCUGCUUGAGGAGCAGAGCAUGUUGAGUGGUUGUAGUUGCCAUGGAGCCGCAGGAUAAGAAGCAGGAGGAGAAUGCGGUGACUCUGGGCCUGUCCACUGGUCAGGCUCUUGGGAAGCUGCGGGACCAGCUCAGCAGCCUGUUGGACCAGCACCAGAGGACUGCACGCAGACGGACAUCCCUACAGGAACAAUGGGGGAACAGCUUUCUUUACCAUGGCAACCGUCACUCCUGUCUCCAUUGGCCGGGUGCUGCCCUCACUCUUCUGGUGGUCCUGGGAUUUUUUUGUUGCCAUGGCAGCCAGCCAAAGGGCAGUUCUGGUAUCGAGCUGGCCAACGCUGCAGCCCUCCUCCUGCUUUUCCUGCUGAACCUGCUGCUGGUCGGACGCCAGGAGAGGCUGAAGAAGAGUGAGAUGGUUCGUCGUCUCAGGGGCAUCAUCACACAGCUCAACGACUAUUUGUCAGGCUGUAUCGGUGAAGUGCGGUGGUCUCCCUCUCUCUACCCGGACCUGUACACACCCUCAUCCCCAUCAUGGUCCCUACACUGGACCUACAGGGACUCGCAGCUGGUUAACCUUCCCGUCAGUUUGUUGGUAGAAGGAGACAUCAUUGCACUGAGACCAGGACAAGAAGCGUUUGUCUCUCUCAGAGGCAUUAAGGAUGAUGAGCACAUUGUGUUGGAGCCAGGAGAUUUAUUCCCCCCAUUCUCCCCACCUCCUUCUCCCCGAGCCAAUGAGAAGAGAGGACCCCAGAGUCCACAGCAACAUCGAUUGUGUCAGAGUGGUCGUACCCCAGUCCUGGAUCCAGUCAGGAACAGUCUGGAGUUGGCACUGUCUCGGCCAAUCACUGUGCUGGAUAAUGAGCGUUUCACAGUGCAGUCAGUUAUUACCAAGCUAGUGUGUCCUGUUGUUUUGGUGGCCUUCCUGGUAGUAAACACCAUCCGCUUUUUUUGUGAUGCACCCAGCCUCACCCCUGCUUGCUACAACUUCUUUCAGCUUCAGCUGAUGGGUGUCCUUCCCAUCUUGCCCCUUCUCUUCCCGGUCAUGUGGGUGCUGGUAAACGCCUUCGGAGAGGCCCGGGUCCUUGCUGAGUUCAGCCGUGCAUCACCAGCUGGCCUGCUUGCUAAGUUCUCUGAGGACACUCUAAGCAGCUACACCGAAGUGGUUUCCUCGCAGGAGAUGCUGCGUUGUGUGUGGAGACCUGUGGGUGUCUUGAAGGGGGAGUCUCAGACACGGCAGCUACACCUCCAGCCUCUUACCACUCUGGGCUCAGUCACUGUGCUGUGCUGUGUAGACAAGCAGGGUAUCUUGUCCUGGCCUAACCCGAGUCCUGAGACUGUGCUGUUCUUCAGUGGACGAGUUGAACCCCCUCACAACAGUCAGGAUGACCUGAGAGAUGACCUGUCCAUCAACUCCUACUGUAGAAUGGAGACGGAUGAUGAUCGUGAUGAGGCCCAGGAGGGGGAGGCUCUGCUCUGUCUACCAGCAGAGCCCUUCAACCAGCUCGGGGAAGGGCCAGAGCCCAGCGAGACAUCACAUGACACUGCUCGCUCCAGCGAAACACUCCGGCCUCGACGGCCUGGUCAGCCAGCGCACACUCGAACCAAACACCACUCUGGGUCCAAUGUCAGCUUCAGCCACGACACCGAGGGGGGAGAGGAUGACCAGACCCAGGACUUCGCGUUGGGUUGCCCGGACGCUGAGGCUGAGGACUUCGUUUGCGACUACCACCUGGAGAUGCUGAGUCUGUCUCAGGACCAGCAGAACCCAGCCAGCAUCCAGUUCGAUGACCUCUCCUGGCAAUGCCACCUGCCCUCCCUCAAGCCACUGGGUCUCAACAUCAUGCUGAACCUGUGCAACGCCAGCGUCACCCAGCAGCUCUGCCGCUUCUCUGACCAUCUGUCCAACCUGGCCCUGCAGGAGAGUCAUGGCACCGUGCUGCCCGUCUACGUGCCCUGGGGACUCUGUGAGCUCUCCAGACUCAUAGGGUUCACACCUGGUGCGAGGGAACUGUUUAAACAGGAGAACCACCUGGCUCUGUACCAGCUGCCGUCAGGAGAGAAAACCAAGGAGCUUUCUUCCCGUCGUCUUCAUUACUUCAUCAAACGGCAGCCCCCCAUCUCCCACCUCAUCUCUCUGUUUGUUCGAGACUCCUCCUCCAAUAAUGUUCAGAUGCUGUCACAUGGCUCAGCUGAUCUUAUCCUGGAGGCUUGCACUGACUUCUGGGACGGAACAGAUAUCUACCCCCUCUCAGGCUCAGACAGGAAGAAGGUUCUGGACUUUUACCAGCGUGCCUGUCUGUCUGGUUACUGCUCAGCCUUUGCCUACAAACCCAUGCAGGUGUCACUGUCGAGCCAGCUGAAUGGGAAAUGUGUGGAGCUGGCCCCCGGUCCAUGCCUAUUCUCUGGAUUGGAGUUGCCCUCCCCCCCCGAUCAAGCACACCUCCUGCAGAAACACUGGAGCUCCGAUGAGGGGAUAGGAGGGGUGGAGCGGGAUGACUGUGUCCAGGCUCUGAGUGGACAAAUCUUCAUGGGCAUGGUGUCGUCCCAGUUCCAGGCGAGGCUGGACACGGUUCGACUCAUUGACGCUCUGGUCACUGCCUGCAUCCGAUUUGUCUACUCCAUGGAGGAUGAGCUCCGCAGCAAGGUUUUUGCAGAGAAGAUGGGUUUGGAGACAGGCUGGAACUGUCACAUCUCUCUGACUCCUAAUGGAGAUAGUCCCUGUGAUGGAGCUCCAUCCAGCCCAAGCCAGGGCUCCCUACAUGAAGACCUGAACCAAGAUUCUCGGGAUGAAGCUGAAGGUCCACUGCUGCCGGAGGAAGAAGCCCACUCAGACCUGGCCAGUUUCCAGCCCACAGAUAGCGAUGUGCCCAGUUUCCUGGAGGACUGCAAUAGGGCCAAACUACCUCGUGGUAUCCACCAGGUUCGGCCUCAUCUGAAGAACAUUGAUAAUGUGCCUCUUCUGGUUCCACUUUUCACUGACUGCACCCCUGACACUAUGUGUGAGAUGAUGAAAAUCAUGCAAGAGAACAGGGAGGUGACGUGCUGUUUGGGAAGCUCUGCCAAUUUCCGCAACAGCCGCCUGUUCAUCCAGAGUGACCUCAGUAUCGCUCUAGAUCCACUGUACCCAUCUCAAUGUUCAUGGGAGACUUUCGGCUACGCCACAGGAGGAGGAUUUAAUGGAGAAGUUGAAGGUUUGUCACCUCUGAGGCUGUCUGGGCAGCUCAACAGUCUGGGCUGCUCAGUCACCUUCCACCAAGGAGAGAGUGUGAGCAUGGUGAAGCUGAUAGAGCAGGCGCGACACACAACCUACGGCAUCCGCAAGUGCUUCCUUUUCCUCCUUCAGUGCCAGCUCAGUCUGGUCAUCAUCCAGUUUUUGGCCUGUCUGGCUCAGCUUCCUCCUCCCAUGAACACCACUGACAUCCUCUGGUUGUCCUGCUUCAGUUGCCCUUUGCUAAGUGUGUCUCUAUUAGGGAAGCCACCUGACAGUUCAGUCAUGACUGUGGCCACAGGGAAGAACCUCAACGCCAUUCCUAAGAAGACCCAGAACUACUUCCUGGGUUGUUUCCUGUUGAAGUUCGGUCUGACGAUGUGUGCCUACCUGUUGGCCUUUGGGUUCACCCUGCAGGAGGUCUGCCUCCGAAGCAGCAACAUGACAUUACCCGGCAACACCACUGCCACCUACACUCACAUACUCACAGCCAGCUCCUCAGAUGACGCUCCUCAGUGGUUCAGUGAGUUGUCAAACGGUCUGCUGCUGACUCAGAAGGUCAUGGCGGGGUUCCUGGUCUUACACACAGUGGUGAUCUCCCUCAGUUAUGUGCAUCGCUCUCAGCCCCUAUGGAGGAAGAGUCCGUUCAGCAACACCUGGUGGUGUCUCACUGUACCUGUGGUUUUGCUGAGCCAGAUUGUUCAGGCCACGGUGGAUUACCAGCUGUGGCGAGACCAGAGCAGCCUCCUGACCUUUGACUUGGCUGAUAUUCCCCUGCUGGCCUGGCUGCUGGUGUCUCUGUCCCCACUGCUGGUGGUGGUGGUCAACGAAGUAGUGAAAUUACAUGAGAUACGGGUGCGAGUUCGCUACCAGAAGAGACAGAAGCUGCAGUUUGAAACAAAGCUGGGAAUGAACUCUCCAUUCUAAUGCGGAAAAUCGGUGGUAUGCCAAUACUGGGAGCCAGGGAGGGACAGGGUACAAACACUGUAAUCCCCCAAGUUCACAUUUAUCAGCCCCGUCAUGUGCUCAUGGCACCACAACCAAAUGUCAUAGCCGGGCUUCAUGACACACACACGUUCAGACUCUGACAGAUAGAUAUUUUAUGUGAAGGACAGGGAAAAGGAUGAUUCCAAAGCUUUUAUUUCAACUGAUUAGAAAAAGAGCCAAAAAGGCAACUAUUUAUCUGAUUUUUAGUUGGUUUUUAAGGCAUGAGGAAUGUUUUCUGACAGGGUUUAUCACUUCUGUUCUCCAUCCACUUUGUGCAUGAACGCUCCAGGCCCCAAAGGUUUUAUUGUGAAGUUAAUUUUAUUGUCAUUUUAAUGAUGCAUCGUGGCAUAUCAUAAUAUCAUCCAAAUAAGUUAAUGUUAGUGUGUGUUCAUAUACAGGACAAACACACAGGGUUGACAGCAGUGGGUAGUCUGGAAUCAGAUGUUCGGACAUCAGGACAGGCUCUUACACUACCUCUUUCUGGACCGUUCUGUACCUUUCAGUCUCAUUUUCACUGUGGUAGCCUGCAACACAAUGUUCUCUUUUAUUUUUGUUGUAUUUUACUUCAAUUCCUGAGCUGCUGUAACUCAAAAAAAGAAUGAGGGUAAAUUAGGUUUUUACACUUUGUACAUAACUUGUGUACUUUUAAAAAAAAUCAUAUACUGUAUACACUAUAACUGAGGAAUGUGCCCACACGCCAUGUUUAUCCUACGCAGCUGGCUGAUUUAGCAAAUCCUAAGCAACGGUAAAUAAAAAUGUCGAACCUGGUGUGUUAACUGUACCAGAGUCGUAUGAAAGGUG